UGGAGGGAGUUUCUUGUCAAUUGUGCUUCCAAAAAUAAUGUUUCGAUAUUUUUCCGAAGUCGAGCAGAUGUGCUUCUGCACUGUGAUUUUGCUCAAGUGCUCGCUGGUGCUGGCAAUUAUUUUACUGGCCAUUCUCAGCGUGUUGGACACUGUGGAGGACAUCCAAAACCAUGGCCAGACCACAGCGAGAGGCCAAAUGAUGCUCAUUAUGUGCUAUGUCCUGAACUCCUUCAUUAUAGUCAUACUCUGUGCGGGCGUGUAUGCGGCAAUACGCGAGAAACUGAAGCUACUGCAGCUGCUAAUUUUGGCUUUGAUCACCUAUUUCCUGGGCAAGAUGUCGCUCUGGAUUGUGGUGGGCAACCAAGGCGUGCUCGAGCUGCUGGUGGUUCAUUUCUGGUACCAACUGACUUUGAUUGACUCCUUGGUUUGCAUUGUGCUGCUGACUUGUUUCUGCCUGAGAAUAAAGGAUGACGAUGGUGAGGAUCCGCCAUUUAGUUAGGCCAUUCCCUCCGCA